CUGAGUUUAUCCUCAUUGGCUAUUCGGGUCGGCCAAAGACAAGGAUGGGACUUAUUGCUUUCCUGAUUGUUGUAUAUGCUAUCACUGUAGUGGGAAAUUUUAUUAUAAUCUUGGUGACCACAACUGAUCCUCGACUUCACAAUCCCAUGUAUUUUUUCCUCAGUAACUUGUCCUUCCUUGAUAUUUGCUAUGCAUCUUCUUCAAUCCCACAGUCCAUUGCAAACCUUCUGGUGGACCGGCCCACCACGUCCUUUGCACUAUGCUACUUCCAAAUGAGUGGUGGUGCCUACUUAGCAGUGACCGAAUGUUUCUUAUUGGCUGUCAUGGCUUAUGAUAGGCUUAUAGCCAUUUCCAGCCCACUGCAUUACAUGCUAAUCAUGAACAAGAGAUUGUGCAUUCAGUUAGCAGCUGGGACGUGGUCAAUUGGCUUAUUUUUAGGGGUUAUUCCCAUUUAUGCAAUACCAGCUCGCUUUUGUGGGAAAAAUGUGAUUGAUUAUUUGACAUGUGAGGUCAAAGCAGUUAUGAAGCUGGUUUGCUCAGAUACUUCCAUAAGCCAACUGGUUAUGUUCUUCACUGGGAGUGUCACUUUGCUUGGUCCCUUCAGCUUUAUCCUUUUCUCAUAUUUGCGCAUAAUUGUGGCAAUUAUAAGAAUCCACUCAGCAGGGGGCAGGAUGAAGGCCUUCUCCACAUGUGCUUCCCACUUGACUGUAGUAUCCAUAUUCUAUGGCACCUUCAUGUUCUCAUAUCUCCGCCCCCAAACUAAGACGACAAAGGAUGUAGACAAGAUAAUUUCUAUUUUCUAUGGAGUAAUGACUCCCAUGUUAAACCCAUUAAUCUACACUCUCAGAAAUCAGGAAGUUUUAGGGGCCUUGAGAAGACUUGUGGGAAAGAAAGUGGAUUCAUGAAAAAGAUACCUUGAUCAUAUUGAGGAUUGAAAUAUUU